AUGUCGGACGCCAACACCUCGGACCUGCUUGGCCACGUUCUCGUGCAGGUUGAGCAGCUCACACGCCGGGCGGAGGCCUCGGAGGCGGCCUUGCGUGCGGAGCGGGCGCGGAGCGAGCAGGAGGUGAGAGAUCUGGCAGCGAGGAAUGAGCAGAUGCUGCGCGAGCAGGCGGCGAGGAACGAGCAAGUCCUGCAGGAGCAGGCGGCGAGGAACGAGCAAGUCCUGCAGGAGCAGGCGUCUCGCCUCCGGCAGGCAACGGAGGAGAGAGAGGCUGGUCUACGCAAGGAGUUCCAAGCGUUGAAGACUGAGAACGAAUCCCUGCGUCGAGUCCCGGCGGCUCUAAAGGCACUGGAGUCAGACGUCGGAGGCCUCCGCGAGGGAUACUCUCAGCUCUGGCGGCAGCAGCGGCAGCCACCCGAGUCGGAGGAGCAGGUCCGCCAGCGCCGCAAGGCUGAGCUUCAGGCGGAGAAGGAGUUUGCCCUCGCAAGCGCAGGUCGGGCUGUGCACACAAUCCAACGGUAA